AUGUGGGAAGUCAUUGACAUAUCUGGAGGCUGUGGUGCGAGUUUUGAAGUCGAGGUUGUCUCUGAACAGUUCGAGGGGAAGAGAUUGCUGGAGAGGCACCGUAUGGUGAAUGCUGCACUUGAAGAAGAAAUGAAGGAGAUUCAUGCCCUCUCUAUUAAGAAAGCUCAGACUCCACAACAAUGGAAGCCAUCACAAGACUCUGCAACUCAAACCAAAGAUGCUUGA